AGAUUCGACACUCUCAUCAUCGUUCGCGCUAUUCUCCGUCAGUCUUCAAAUAAGGUUACCUGGAACUCUCAGGUCAGCUUCUCUCUUCCGCCCACUCCCCCGUUCCAAGUCAGACAUCCUUUCCACACCUACCCAGCCAACGCCAUGCUGAAACUUCUCUUCUCAGAAGCCAAGCCAUCAACCACUGCCGACUUCCUUGACAACAUGCACGCCCCGCCGCACACACCGCUCCGUCACUCCCGCGCGUCCACCCCCAGCGAGGACUGGGUCUUUGUCGACGGCGCUCACACCCAGGAGAGAUCGCCCCAGCUCAAGCACGACAACAUGCCCUCGGGCCAGGUCGCCAACGCCACGGCCGACGGCAUCCCAUCCUCUUUCGCCCUUUUCGAAGCCGACAUCGCCGACAUCAUCGACAACAACAACAACGACUCAACCGUCGCCCACAAGCCUCCGUCCAACAUCUCCACCGAGACGCCCGGCACGGACGACAGCACCCGCACCGUCACCGACCUCCACCGAGCCGGCCCCGCCGCCGCACCCACCCGCUGCACCCCCGGGCCGGCCCACACGGAGCUGACCCUCUCCAACAUGGCCCGCUAUCAGCGCGAGCUCGAGCAGUUCCGCACGGGCAGCCUCGCCGGCUGGGCGGCCGACGCGGGCAUGGGCUCGCGCCGCCUGGUCGGCCGGUCGCCGUCGUCCCACCACCCGUCGAGCGUCGGCUACUGCAGCGUGCUGACGGCCGGCGGGCAGUCGAUGGCCAGCGGCGUGAGCAGCAUCGGUGCCGGCGCAGGCGACUGGGCGUACGUGCAGCCCUCGAAGCCGGGCGACGAGGAGGUUGCUGCUGCCGGGGCGUGGUGCUUCGACACGACCAUCCCGCUUGCGGGCCGCCGGGGCUAAAAACCGUGAGAGAAGUCGUCGGUUCCGAGGAUAAGGAGAUCGGCGAUACAAGGGUCGACUCGACAAUGAGCGGGGUCGACGGCGUUAUGGUCGAGGCUGAGUG